CGACAGGACUGGUGGGGUGGAGAGCCAGAUUGAAUGAAAGAGAGUGAGAAGAGUGAGCGAGGCCAAGUUGUUGAUAUAAGCAUUAGUGUGAGAGAAACAAUGCCUCCACUGAAGCCAGUGCCAUUGCUGAAAUCAAUAUGCAUGGAGGCCCUUGCUUCAACUGUGGCAUAUGCAUUUGUGAAAGCUGCAGGAGGAGGUCUAACUGGUCCUGCAAAACGUAUAGCAAACCGUUCUAAGAAGCAGAGCAGCAGCAGCAGCAGCAAGAAAGCGUCCAGACUAGCAAUUGCAGAAAGCCUUCUGACGAGCAAUCCUCUCAGCCAGAUCACUAAGCUCCAAGAAUACAUAAAUAAAGGUAUGCCAAAAGGAAAGCAAUGGAUUAUGUUUCACCCCGUUAUACUGCUUGUGACUGAAAUGAUUACGAUGUUGAAGAAAGGACACGAAUCUCAAAAAGAAAAUUACAAGUUUGGUUCAGCAGUUCAAAAACUAGGUGUCGCUCUUGGAUAUGCUAUGGAUACACUAUUUUCAGCCGAGCUCAAGAGACUCGAUAUGACGUCGGUGGUGCACCACUGUAUGAAGUGGGUGUCAACAUGUAGAUUAAACAACCAAAAUCCAAAAGAUCUGAGUAGUAUUGAUGCUAGUGUGGUAGAGAAUAUGUUUGUAGCACUGUUUGCUUCAAGUGCUCACAAGCUAGAGUGUUUAACUCACAUCAGGUGGCCCCAUCUUGUCUGCGGGGAGCUCAUCAAAAUAUUAGGACGCCAUUGUCAUAACCUUCGGCAUUUAGAAUUAGCGUGCGAGUGUGAUGAGACAGUUGCCAUGAACGAUGUCAAAGAGGACCCAGAAUAUGCCCGAAAAGAAAGGGAGUUGGUUAACGCUCUUGCAGCACUUUAUGACAGAGCACCUGGAGAUUUCACUGGCACGAAGCCUCCUGGUUGCUACAAGCUUCAGACACUUGUCCUACCUAGAUUAGACGAUGAAGAUGGUCUCUUAGCCAAACACAUGAUGGGUGCUUUAUGUUCAUUGAAACAACUUGAGUCCAUUACCGGAGCGCCAAUGUUGGUUUCACUACAUAUGCUUAAAAAUGAGAAAAAGUCACCCUUGGCUCUUAAACUUAAGCAUUUAAGUGACAUAGAUAAUUAUAAUAGGAGGCCAAUGCCUGACAUGUCUUAUCUAAAAAAAAUUCUCCCUUCUUUGAAUAGCCUAGAAAUUAUAGUUUCACAAACGAUUACGAAAGAGAUAACAAAUGCUUUCCUCGAUAUCAGAGCACUUAAAAUUCAACAACCGGAUUUCCAUGACAACAUUAGAACUUUUAAAUACUUAGAUACCUUAGAUAUACAUCUGGACUUCCAGAUAAGUUGGCCAAUUCUCUUUGCAAUCACCCGCGGUCGAAUCCAAAUCCGAAAUUUAACUCUGCGUCACUCAACAUUCCAAGUGGGGCAAGAGCACCACGAGGGGUUUUCUUUGAAGCUGCCAGCACUCAAGUCUUUUACGUUGAUAAAGGCAAGUUUCAUUGAAUACACAGCCUUUCGUUCACUAGUCAAAGGAGCUCCUAAUUUGGUAAACGUGUCCAUUACAUUAACAGAUGACAGAAACUAUGUUGUCGACGAAUUUCGAGACGAGCUUAUCGUGAGUUUAGCACCUUUGAUGCCCAAUCUGGAGAGUUUUACAGCCGAGUCCCUUUACAAAUAUAACCUCUGCAGUCACCUUAACUGUUUGCUUUCGCUCGACUCCGCAAAUGUCCUCAUUGAAUGCUGUCCCCGCCUUAAAUUGCUUGGCCACUUCGAUAGUUGGGACGUGACAGAUGAAGAAAUUAAUCAUUUAAAUGACCAAAUAACGAUAAAUAACUGGGACCUGCAAAUAGUUUAACUGCACUGACAUGCUGUAAAAUGUGUAGCAUACUCUUGAAUAACAAACAGUUGGAACCAGACGACAAUGAAAAAAAAAAAUUUUUAGUGGUAGAAAAGUAUGGAAACGUUGCGAGUUUAAGGUAGCUAAAAAUGAUCGAAGCCAGACGACAGUUAAAAAAAAUGUUUCCGCCUUCAGUAAUAUAAAAGUAACCAAUCUUUAAGUUUUUCAGAAACUAACAAUAUAUUAUGAUAUUAAAAAGGAAGGUAAAUGCUAGGUAAAUGACAUGAUUCAAAUUCUUGGGAAUGGUACCUUAGAACUUUCAUGGGAUCGUUUCUAGUCUGGGGGCAUUAAAGCAUAUUAGAAAUUGCGGCUGACUAUAUGCGAUUACAACAAUGAAAGUAACUUUUCCUCCAAAAAUACUAAAUACUCUCACCGAAAAACAGUCGCCACUGUAUAUUCCUAAACCCUUGUCAGGUAUAAAUGAAUAUAUUCAAUCAAAGUAUUUCUAGGCAAUAUGAAAUGAUUGUUCUGUUAAGGUAUCAAAAGUUAUAAGUUGCUAAAACAGAGCAGUUAAUAAUAGGAGACUGUGAAUGCUUGUUCUGGAAAAUUUGGCUCUAAUCAAUAGACACUGGUCGCAAGUUUAAAGA